AUGGCUUCGCUCUCACGCGUGGAAGAUCAGCUCGGGGAGCUUCGCGAGGAGGUGACGCAGCCCAGCCCGGCCGCUGUGCAACAGCACCAGCAAGACCAUCACGCCACCAUGCUGGCAUCCAGGCAAGUCUCUGAGCUGCUACACCAGGAGCGGGCGCGGGCAGCCGCUGCCCGUCUCCGGAACCUCGUAGCACCGCCGUUCAAGGACAUUGGCUCUUUGCAUGUAGCCUUUGUCCUUUGGAAGAUGCAGUCCCGGCAUCGUGUGGCUUUCGAAAACUCGCUUGCUUAUCGGGAGAAGAUGGUCGACAGAGCUGACCUGCAGGCCAUAGUGACUGCUUGGCGCGGUGCCUCAAGGCCAUCGACAGAGAGGCUGCUGGACUCGGAGCUACAGGCGGUCAUUCUGCUCGAAUAUCGUUGUGCCGGAAACUGCAUGGCGCCGAAGAAACAGCAGCCAAAGGUGGAGGAGGAGGUCGUGGUGCAGGAGUCAGAGGAUGAGCCAGAAGAGCCCGAGAUUUUGACAAAGUGUCUACGAGCUCCUGGACAGCUCUUCUAUGGCGAAGUAAAGGCCGGCUACCAUCAGCGCAAAGGCCAAUGGAUCCGACAUGGCAAGGGGCAGCAGAUCAUGACGGCUGUGACGCCGAUGGGUUUGGGGCCCAAUCAGCGACCUGCGUUCGAGACCCUGGUCGUCAGCAUCUACGAAGGCGCCUGGGAGGAAGACGUACCCUGCGGUGAAGGCAGCUAUCGUUGGAGCGAUGGCAGUUCCUACGAAGGGAACUUCGAGCAAGGGAGGAUGCAUGGUCAAGGCCGUUUUGUGUGGGCUGACGGAAGCUCAUACGAAGGCAGCUGGUUCCAAGGAGCCUUUCACGGCGAGGGCACCUUCGACUCCCGCUGGGAUGGUGGCCGGUACAUGCAAGGCGAGUUCCACUACAACUGCUUCCAGAAGUCUGAUGGUCGCUGGGUGGAUAUCUUGCAGCACAUCAAGAGCCACGAGAUGCGAGAGAGCCUUUGA